CCAAAAGAUCAUGACGAUAUACUCGGCAGCACCGGGAAAUGUAACGCCGCUCAAGUCACCCAUCCCAUCAAUGCACUGGUCUCGCGUCCCAAUGCGAGGGACACACAUUCCCCCUCCUCUCCGCGCCCACACAACUACAGCCCUCCAUUCCAAACUCUACGUAUUCGGUGGGUGCGACGCCAAAUCAUGUUUCAACCAGCUCUGGGUAUUCGAUACGGAAUCCUUAUGGUGGACCCGGCCAGUGGUGAGGGGGUCUGUUCCGCGUACCGUGCGAGCGCAUGCGGCAUGUGUCAUAGCGGACCGGUAUAUCGUUUAUUUUGGCGGUGGGGACGGCCCGGUGUAUUAUGAUGGAGUGUAUGUGUUGGAUACGGUUGAGAUGGCUUGGCAUACGCCGAGGGUCAGUGGGGUGGCGCCUUCUGCGAGGCGGGCGCAUACAAUGUGGGUUUGGGAGGGGGAUGUAUAUGUGUAUGCGGGUGGGGAUGGUGUGAGGGCUUUGAAUGAUGUGUUUGUAUUGAGGAUGGGCAAGAGUGGGUUUGGGGAUUCAAAGCGGGGGGAUCCGAGAGGUUUGAAUGAUGCGGGGCCAGAUGCGAGACAUGGGGAGACUCUAGAAGACAGUCUUGUUGUUGAAUGGCAAGUGGUGGAAACGCGGGGACCUGUCCCAUCUCAUCGGGGUUACCACACCUCGACACGCAUCGGCCACACACCUCAUGUCCUCGUGUACGGCGGGUCAGACGGCCACGAAUGUUUUUCCGACGUGUCCCUCCUCGACAUGCAAACCCUCACCUGGAAAUCCAUCUCCCUCGACCGAGCCUUCCCGCGCCUCUCCCACACUGCGACCCAAGUGGGAUCCUACCUCUUUGUUCUAGGCGGACACGACGGAACACGAUACGGCAACGAAGCACUAUUGUUGAAUCUUGUGACCAUGAAUUGGGAGACGAGGAAUGUGUGUGGGAGUGGGCCUGAAGGAAGGGGGUAUCAUUCUGCAUGUUUGGUGGAUUCGCGGGUAUGGGUGUUUGGAGGGUAUGAUGGGACGAGAGUGUAUGGGGAUAUGUGGGUGCUCGAGUUGAGUGCGAGUGCGUAUUUGCCUCAGAUUACUGCUUUUGAGGUGGGAUGUGGAGAUGACGUCCUGUGAUGUGCAGUGUGCAAUGACGUCCGGUGAGGUGUGGUAUCCACAUACAUGCAGAACAUGUGCACAGGCACAAAAUGCGCACACAAGUGUAAGUGAUUGGGAUGUAUCUAUAGAAUAGAGAAUGGUUUCCUCGAGUUCACAGUCGGCAAGGGAUUCAUCCUCCCUGAUAGCACAACUUCCCUUCCUUCUUUCUCCAUAUACAAUAAAGGAUCAGACACAUCUCUAGGACG